CGGCCUCCGCCGCCACGGGUUGUUCCCUCUGGGAGCUGCCCCCCUGGGUUUCCCUUUCCUCUCUGCCCCAGGAAACCCCCGCGCCCUCUGGCUAUUCCCUGCCCUGGGAGCUGCCCCCCACCUGUGCUGUUUCCUCCCCCUCUGGGUGGCCUCUCCUUAUCUGCCCAGCUGGCUGUCCCUUGCCCCAGGAACUCUUCUCCCUGGGGUAUCCCCAUCCCUGGGAACUGCCCCCCCAUCUCCUUCCCCUGGACCUGCCCUUCACUCCACUCUUCCACCAUAGCUAGAUACACUACAACUUUUGACAUUUUCCCCGCCCCAUACCAUAGUGGAUUUAUGUUUUCCGUAUUUUACACUUUGAACUUCACGUUGAACUGAACUGUAAAAAGUGUUUGUGUGAUCAGUAAAACUAGAGACAUGUCUGUCCUUUCUGGGCAGGCUAGUAAAAAAGGAUCCUUUACAUUGGCUCCAUCUAUUGUUUUACCUACUGAGACAUCUCUGUCCCCAAUCAAACCGGUACAGAUCACAGUGUUGGAGGGACGUGACCUGAAAGGUGCCAAAGGAGACGCUCCUGUGACCUAUGUGCGUGCAGAGUAUAAUGGUGUUAUUCUGGGUGACUCCUUGAAAAUUGAUGGUUCUUCAGAUGGCACAGUGAAAUAUAACUUCAGCACUAGCUUUGAAUACAACUCUGAUGGGCCAAACUCUCUAGAUGACAUUGCACACAAACCCUUAUUUUUGACUGUGAUUGAAGUUUUACCAAAGGAGAAGAAGCAGAAGGACGAGAAGACUAUGGCUCUUGGUCAGGCUGUUGUAGACCUUCUGCCUCUGCUGGAAGGACAGUGUUCAUUUAGGGCAAUAGUUCCACUGCAUCCAGUUCCUGGCUCUUCACUAGAGAGCCUUCGCCCAGAUGCCAAGUGUGGUCUCGAAGUGGCGGUGUCCAUCCAAGAGUCCCUGCUUUCUACAUCGCAGCUUUCAGGUGGAAACCUCCUCAGGGUUACAUUAGAGGCUGCUUAUUCUGUCCCUGAAGUGUUUGUUCCCACAGGACCCCAGCAAAACUACAUGGUUGGCUUGCAAGUACCAACUAUUGGAGAGAAAGAGUACCCCUUGAUGUUCAAGAAUGGGACCCUGAAGCUUGGUGGUGAAAAAGAGCCAAUCCCCCGUCCAAAAAAAUGGCCCAUUAGCAACACUGUGGCACCAGGAGCUCAAAACAUUCCAGACUCUUUUAUUGUUGGAGGCCCCUAUGAAGAGGAGGAUGGAGAGCUCAACAAAACAGAGGACAGGGAAAAUAGGAUUCAGGCAGAGACCAUAAAGAAGAGAAUUGUUUGGGACUUGGAGAGGCGCUGUUACCUGGACCCUGCAGCAGUACUCAGUUUACAGAAGCGCAUUGCGGAAUGUCGGUACUGGCCCGUGGAGAUCACCAGGGUCCCUGUGGUUACCUCCACCAAAGGGAAAUCUAGCAAAUUAGACAAGGGAGAUGAUGAUGGACAGAUUUUUUUCCAUGGUGUGGCAUAUGUCAACAUGGUGCCAUUGCUGUAUCCUGGUGUGAAGCGCAUCCGAGGGGCUUUCCGUGUGUUUCCAUACCAAGACAGUGAGGUGUUUGCAAAGACUAAGUGUCAAUUCAGCACUUUACGUGAUCUUGGGCAUCAAACCAACAUGAACAAAUUAGGGCCAGUGAUUGCAGCAGCCAGCUCCCCUCAUUCAAAAGCUAUUCCCAGUAGGAACCAGAAAGAGGAUAAAAUGGCCAAAGAGAAGGAUGCUCCAAGAAAGAUGUCUGUUACACUAAAAUCUCAGAUGUCAGAGAUUACUAUAGACACUGAAGCAGCACCAUGUCAGAACCUGGAAGGACAGCAAUAUGUAGAUGCAGGAACAUUCCUGGUGAUGGAAAUAGAGCUGGCCAAGGCCUUGGUACCAAAACGAUUGCCAGAGGAGCUCGCUAGCAGAGUUAAGGAGAUGAUUUCUCCACGCCCUCAAUUACCACGCCGGAGUGCAGGAGCUAAGAAGGCUGUGGAAGAUUUCCACAAUCAGAUCACUAGUAUUGCUGGAGCCAUCUUGGAUGAGUACCAUGAGCUGUUUGGGAAGCAUCUGGCCGACGGUGGCGUGAUAGAUCACUACACCCUGGAGGAACAGAAAUGUCAACUGAACUAUGAGCUCAACAGCUCCGGAAAAUACUUUGCUUUUAAGGAACAGCUGAAGCAUGCAGUGGUGAAGAUUGUGAGAGAGAAAUACCUGAGAACAACAGCAUUCAACAACCUGGAGCAGCUACAAGCUUUCCUGAGUGAGCUGUAUGUGUACCUGGUGGAUCAGAUGCACGUUGCUCUAAACCAGAUGGUAUCACAGGAGCACCCUGUCACUGUCUCGCCCACCUUCACAAGCUGUGAGCAGCUUCGACUCUUUGCCCAUGAAGCCGAAGUCAAUGAGGACUAUGCUCUGGCAUCUGUCUAUUACCAGGAGAGGGUGACUCGUGACCGCCAGAUCGUCCAGCACUGGCUAGACUAUGGAGCAUUCUGCCUCCUGAUGGAGGAAAAUAUCAAAGCCCAGGAGUGUUUUCGUGAAGCUCUUUCUCUAAACCCAAGUCACCUGCACAGCUUGCUGCUGUGUGGUAUCAUCGCUGUCAUGAUGGAGCACUAUGAAGAGGCAGAAAUCUUCUUUGAGGAUGCCACCUGCUUGGAACCAUCCAGCAUCCUGUCUUGGACUCUCUUAGGUUUUUUUUAUGAAAUACAGGAAAAUGAUAUUCGGAUGGAGAUGGCCUUCCAUGAGGCUAACAAACUACUGAAGGCACGGCUGGCCAAGGAGAAAAAUAUGACUGACACUGCUGAAGGAGGAGGAAAAAAGCCAUGCUCUGUCUCUGCCACGGUUCUAAGACCAGUCACUUCCCCCCAGGAGGACACUAUCCCAGUUCCAGAUGAGGCUCUAGAUGGCUCCCUGAAAGAACAGCCAGAUUCAGAAGAGCCUGUUGUAACCAUCCAGCUGCCAGAAGAUGCUGCUGCAGUUAAACUGGCCAAGAAAAUUUCCCCCACAAUCAGUAGGAACAAGGAGACACUCCAGAAAGAAAUAAAGAAAACAAGUGGAGGAGCACUUGAUCCAUCACAUCCCAUGGCCCAUGUCCCCAUUUCUGGACUUUCACAGCCCUCCCACACAAUCUUCAUGGAGACCAUACGCUUCUUGAUGAAGGUCAAUGCUCUACAGUUUGUUCACAGGGCGCUAGCACAUGAGCUAUUGUGCCAGCCAGAAGGGCCCAGCUGUGAGUAUUACCUAGUGCUGGCACAAACACACUUGCUCAAGAGGGACUUCGCUAAGGCUGAAGAAUGCGUCCGAGAUGCUAUCCAGAUUGACUACCUGAAUCCAAAUGCUUGGGCACAGAAAGGGCACCUGUGCUACCUGACUGGCAAUCUCAGUGAGGCAAAGGAAUGCUAUGAGCGAACCAUUAGUUUUGUAACAGAUGCUUCUGAGAUGCACUUUGUUUACCUGCGAUUGGGGUCCAUCUAUCUGAAAGAGAAAGAGUAUGAUAAAGCAAAGAGCACCUACAUGCUGGCCUGUAAGAAGUCCUCAUCCUGCCUGACCUGGCUGGGAGUAGGAAUCGCCUGCUACAGGCUGAAAGAAAUGGCAGAGGCAGAAGAUGCCCUUUCUGAGGCCAAUGCCCUGAAUAACAACAAUGCUGAAGUGUGGGCAUAUCUAGCCCUAGUCUGUAUGCAAAGAGGAAGGCAGCUGGAGGCAGAGCAGUCUUACAAAUACUCAAUGAAGUUAGAGCUGAAGAAUGAGGAACUGCUCCAGGAAAUUCAUGAGGUACAGCAAAUGGUUGGCUUCGGUAAUCCAUCAUUCUGAGCACUUCCUCUUCUCUGAUCUACGGUCUCCUUUGUUCAGUCAUGGGAAAGGUCAACAUCACAGUUUUGACCCUCAUUCAGUAAUGAAACAUUCCACUGGAUUUCCAAAUUUUUGCUGAUAUAAUGGAUCAUCAGAUGGUCUGGCGAAAUUAAACAUCUGAAUGGUACUGGGGGAAGGGAGUACCCCUGGAUAGGCCAUAGGAAUUAACUCCCCUUUUAUGAUGUGUUGGUUAUGUUCAUUUCCUUCUGAUAUACCAUAUAACAUUAAUCAGCCCAAUUCACAGGUUUUAUGAAAAAUAAUUCUCAUAUAAAACAAGAAAUAAAAGAGCUCAGAAUCAAUUAACAUGGAUGAGACACUGAAAAUCAACUCUAAAAACGGUAUCAUUCAAUUACAAGUUGAUAGUUUGUUAAUGAUUUUGCAGAUCCUAUUAGUUUAUUUAGGAAUAAAAUAUAAAUAUUUUACUCCUAACUGCCAGCUCUGUAAACUCCAGCUGAGAUCUGAAAGGCAAACUGAGUUAAUUCAGAAACACAUCUUCACCGGUAUGAAAGCUUCUGUGGUUGACAUGUAGUUAACAGUUUGGUUAGUGAUACAUGAGCCAGAAUGGAUUCCAGCUCUCCCUCUCAUAGUUAAGCAGCAGCAGCAAGUGUAUAAAAUAGUAAAAACUUACUAUUGUCAGUAAGCAAAUAUGACUUGAAAUUAUUAGAGAGAGCAGAUUUACUGAGUAAGACGAUACCAUUGCUACAGUCACUUUUCAACAUGUUAUAACCAUAUUUUAAGGACUAUUAUCAGAAAGGUAUUUUAGGAACUGUUUAUAGUCAAAAAGUGAGUGACCGGGUUUAUUACAAUAUACUGGUAACUGACCACUGGGUAUUUGACCACCAUCUUUUUCCAUUCAGGUGGGGUUGGUAAAAGAAAAUUACUCAAACCAGCAGUUACCUAUGAUAUUUCCAUUGUUCAGAACAGCAGCCUGGUUUGAUCAGGGUUAUACCCUUUACAAAUAUUAUACCUCUUUUUCUUGUUUAGAGUCUUGUUCUUAUUGUAGUAGUUUUGGCAGUCAUAUGGAAGGGAGAGGAGGAGAGAUUUAAUGCUGUUAAUUUUAUUCCUAAUAAAAUUAAGUUUCUGUAUAUGAAAGUCUUUGAACGCUUCUUGUCUGUAAAGCCUCGAGAUCUGUCCUAAAAGAUGUUUGUGCUCAUAACCUACCUGCCUUUACCGCUAUUUCAACAAGAGGUCUUAAAUCAGCAGGAGGCUGUGUUUUAGGGCCUCCCCUAGCAUGGGAUUCCAUUUGCACCUGAAAUUAAUCUUAAUCCAUCUUUUUACACAUCUCAAAGCACCAAAAAACUUUUCUCCAAAGAGUUUGUGUCGUUGUUCAAACACAAAGGACACAAUCCCGUAUUUAUUAUUUCUCUCCCAUCCCAGUUUUUAAAAUCUACUCUCUUAUAUUUGACAUUUAAUAGGGCUGGUUUUGAUCAAUUAUUUUUAAUUUAUUUGUAUUAUCAACAUAAGAACAGCCAUACUGG